GGGAGAACUUCAAUGGCGUCUGUGUCAGCACGCCCACACCAGUCCACAAUGAUGGCCGCCGCCAAUGUCCCAGUCCCUGGAGAGGUCUCACCCUUCACCGAGAUGCACUCAGGGCCUAUUAGGAAAUAUCAUUUCUUGAUCCAAGAUCAGGCUCAGGAGUUGACCCACCUGCGGCAGCAGAUAAAGAUGGGGAGAGCUGUCUCUUCCCGUCUCAUCCAGCAUGUCAAGAACACAGUGAAGACCUUUGAAGAGCUCCUCAGCAGCAAUAAAAUUGACCACUACAUGGAGCAGCACUUCCGUGAGCAGCUGGCCAAGGGAAGCCAGCUGGCAGAGAGCCUCGCCAGCAAAUUCAGCACAGAUGACUGUAUAAGUAAGAAGAAUCAAUCAGCACAGACGCAGCGGACCCUCUGUCUCUUAAGGGAGAUGCAUGGGAUGGGUAAAGGGGCAGAAGUCCAAGAGACCAAGCAGGAUGCCCAGGCUCAGACUCAGCCCCAGAUCCACUCCAGCAGCCAUGUCCAGACCGCCGUCCAUCGCUCCCCCAGCAGCACUUCCCUUCUGCUUGGUGAGCAGGAAGUGCGCCCUGCAGUGGAUGUGGCCAAUGUCACCCCAGCCAAUCCUGCUGAUUCAGCUUCAUUGCCCAGCAACCAUUCAGAAGCCAGAUGUGCCCAGACCUUCUAUCCUCUGAGUGGCACCACACAGCUGAGCAGGACACCAGACCGUGGGCACCAUGGCAGCAGUGGCUCAUGGGACGAGAUGAGGCCUCAGAAAAUGAAUGCAUCAGGGAACCUAUCCUCCUUCUCUUCUUUGUACCGGCCCAACUCCAAGCCCUCUGGGGCUGACCUGCUGGAAAAGAAUCUUGUUGAGAUCCACAGCCUGCGCCAGCGCCUGGAGGAGUCUGUCUGCAUCAAUGACCGCCUGCGGGAGAGGCUGGAACACGUGCUCAGCAAUGCUGACCAAGGAAAAAGCACUGCACAGUCAGCUCUAGACGUCUCCCUCGCAACUCCUCAUUCAUGCGCUCAGAGUCACUCUUCUGGUUUUGGUCAGAACAUCUUGUGACAUGAUGCCUGGAGGGUCUAGAGAAAUGUUCUCCAGAACUCUUCCAGCCCUAUUCAACAGCAUUCUUGGGUAUAUACUUGGAGGCAUCAGACAUUACCUUUAAUUGAA